GGCCGCCCGGAGCCUGCCCGGCGGCGGGAGGCGGCCCCGGGGCCGCGGAGCUGGCCUGGAGCCCCGGGGCCGCGCCGCGGGUCCCCCCCCCCGGGGCUGGGGCUGAAGCUGGGGGCGGUGGCGGCGCUGCUGCUGCUGCCCCUGGGCUGCGGGCUGGGGCCGCUCUGCUGCCUGCGGCACCCCGCGGGCACCGCCGACUCGCACAGCCCGGGGCUGAGCCUGCUGAGCUGCUUCGCGGGCGGCGUGCUGGUGGGCACCUGCCUGCUCGACCUCCUGCCCGCGUACCUGGCCGGCAUCGCCGCCGCGCUGGAGGAGCUGCGCGUCCCGCUGCAGUUCCCCCUGCCCGAGUUCAUCCUGGCCAUGGGCUUCUUCCUGGUGCUGGUGCUGGAGCAGGCGGCGCUGGCGCAGCAGGACCGCGCGAGCCCCCCCGCGGGCGAGGAAGAGGACGAGGAAGAGGCGACGGCGGCACGAGCCCUGCUGGCGGCCGGCACCCCCCGCGCCCCCCCGAGCCCCCCGAGCCCCCCGAGCCCGCUGCGCGCGGGGCUGCUGGUGCUGGCGCUGGCGCUGCACGCGGCGCUGGAGGGGCUGGCGCUGGGGCUGCAGGAGGCCGGGGGGGCCGCGCUGCGCCUCUGCCUGGCGCUGCUGCUGCACAAGGGGCUGGUGGCCUUCAGCCUCGCGCUGCAGCUGCUGCGGGGCCGCCUGCGGCGCGCUGCCGUGGCCGCCUGCCUGCUGCUCUUCGCCCUCAUGGCCCCGCUGGGCGUCGCGGUGGGGCUGGCGGUGACGGUGAGCGGGGGGGGCCCGCGGCAGCGGCUGUGCCGCAGCGUGCUGGAGGGGCUGGCGGCCGGCACCUUCCUCUACGUGGCCUUCCUCGAGGUGCUGCCCCGCGAGCUGGGGGGGCCCCGGCUGCGCGUCCCCAAGGUGCUGGCGCUGCUGGCCGGCUUCGGCCUCGUCACCGCCGUGCUCUUCAUCAGGAUCUGACCCUGAGCCGGGGAGGGGGGGGGGCACCCCCGGAUCCACCCCUCCAGGGGGUUAAAGGCCCCCAAACGCCCCGUGAAGUGCCAAAGGGUGCAGGUGGGGGGGCUCAGCCCCCCCCCGCUCCAGCAGCCCCGUGCCUCAGUUUCCCCUCCUG